AGUGAGUAUAAAUUAGCAAUGACUAAAGCUAAAAUGACGAAAGAGGACAGUCUAUAUAAGCUGUCCCGCGUAUCUAUAAAACCUCAUUCAGCUUGCUGGCUCUAGGGUUUUUGCUCUCGUAGAAGGCGGCGGAAAGGCACAGAAAUGGCUCCAAAGAGAGGAGUAAAAGUGUCUGCAGCACCUGCCAAGAAGAAACCGGAGAAGGUUCAGAAUCCAUUAUUUGAGAAGCGGCCAAAGCAAUUUGGUAUUGGGGGCGCUUUGCCUCCUAAAAAGGAUUUGCACAGGUUUGUGAAAUGGCCCAAGGUUGUUCAAAUUCAGAGGAAGAGGAGGAUUCUUAGGCAGAGGUUGAAGGUUCCACCUGCUUUGAAUCAGUUUACUAAGACUUUGGACAAAAAUCUUGCGACAAGCUUGUUCAAGUUGCUCCUCAAGUAUAGGCCUGAGGAUAGAGCUGCAAAGAGAGAACGCCUUGUACAGAGGGCUCAGGCUGAAGCUGAAGGAAAAACUGUUGAGGCUAAGAAGCCUAUUGUUGUGAAAUAUGGGCUUAACCACGUUACUUAUCUUAUUGAGCAGAAAAAGGCACAGUUAGUUGUUAUUGCUCAUGAUGUGGACCCUGUCGAGUUGGUUGUAUGGCUUCCAGCUUUGUGCCGGAAAAUGGAGGUUCCUUACUGCAUUGUGAAAGGGAAAUCACGAUUGGGAUCGGUUGUCCACAAGAAAACUGCAGCUGUCUUGUGUUUGACUACGGUGAAGAAUGAAGACAAGUUGGAGUUCAGCAAAAUUCUAGAGGCAAUCAAGGCAAACUUCAAUGACAAGUAUGAUGAGCUCCGGAAGAAGUGGGGAGGUGGCAUCAUGGGUUCAAAAUCGCAAGCCAAAACCAAGGCUAAAGAGAGAGUUCUUGCGAAGGAAGCAGCUCAGAGGAUGAGUUAGGAGAAUUGUCCUAGAGGAACACACUACGCUGUUGAUUUAUUACCCCAUGUUAAUUGAGAUGUUCUUAUGUCGUAGUCCUAUAAAAACAGCUUACUUGUUUGGCUCACUUUUUUUGGUGCGAGUUUUGGCAUGGAUUUCUUUCAACUUUACAAGUAUCUAUUUGUUUCCAUUA